UAACAGUCACCUCGCGACUUCUUUCCUUCCAGCGUGCUGACUGAGUUCGACUACAACUUUGCUAAUGGGCGGUUUUUCUUUCUGUCAGUUCAGUUUUUAGUGUAAAGUCGUUCACGUGAUAGAAAGUGCCAUUUUACAUCUGUUUGACUCAAUUUCUGAAGGGUAAUUCGACCACUUCAUACUGCCUCCUGUUCAUCAGACAGUGGUAGCCGGUGCUGCUGACGGUUUCUUUUGAGUGGUGGCGUAAUUAUCUCCAGCUAACAUGACCGAGGAACUGGAGCACAUUCUGUCUCAGCUGACACUCCCUGAUAAUGCAGCUAUUCAAAAGGCCACUGCUCAGUUGAAACAGGCUUUCAAAGACCCAGCUGUAAUCCCAGCACUAUGUGCUGUUAUGACCGGAUCCACAAAUCCACAGGUUCGGCAGUCAGCUGUGGUGAUGUUGAGAUUGAGAGUCAAAAAGCACUGGAGGAAAAUUAUUCCUGACCAUCGAGAAAGUCUGAAGGAAGUGGUUCUGCAAGCUUUCCGGAAAGAAACUGAGCGCACAGUUCGCUACUCUCUCUCUCAGCUCAUUGCAGUGAUGGUGAAACAUGAAACACCUGACCGCUGGCCUGUGCUGUUUACACUGCUGACGGAAUCCACCAACAGCAGCAACCCUCAGGACAGACAGGUGGGACUGUUGUUGCUGAGCAAAGUUGUGGAAUCCAACCCUGAGCCCUUCAAGCCCCACUACAAGCAGCUGCUGCAACUGUUUGGUGUUGUGCUCCAGGAUGUAACCAACACCACAGCCUUGUACUACUGCAUCCUCACUCUCACUGCCAUCACAGUUUACACUGGCACAGAGGAGAUGAACUUGAUGCGUUCGCUAAUCCCGAAGCUGUUAACUGCUCUAAAGCAUCUCAUUCAGACUGACCAGGAUCAGGCCAGCAAGGCAAUGGAGGUGUUUGAUGAGUUGAUGGAGAGUGAGGUCUCUAUUGUAGUCCCACACAUUACUGAAAUUGUUCGCUUCUGUUUGGAGGUGAGUGCAGAUGUUUCUCUCAGCAAUUCUCUGCGUGUCAAGGCCCUCUCUUGUAUUGCCCUCCUCAUCAGACUCAAGAGCAAGGCUGUGUUAAAGCAUAAGCUUUUGGCACCGAUCUUGCAAGUGGUGUUUCCUAUUUUGAGUGCAACACCUCCACCCGGAGAGGAGGACCCAGAGGAUGAGGAGAAUGUGGAAGGUGAUGGUGACAGUGAGAGUCCCAAACACUUUGCUGCUCAGGUGAUUGACACAAUGGCUCUUCACAUGCCACCUGAAAAACUUUUCAACCAACUGAUGCCCCUGACACAGGCUUGCCUGGCCAGUGAGAAUGCUUAUGAGAGGAAAGGAGGUCUCAUGUGUCUAGCAGUGCUGGCAGAGGGUUGUGCUGACCACAUUCGCACGAAAAUGCUUUCGUCCAUGCUGGAGACGGUGUGCCGCAGCCUGUCUGACACUAACCAGGUAGUGCGCAGUGCAGGGCUUUUUGCUCUGGGACAGUUCUCGGAGUACUUGCAGCCUGAAGUUAGCAAAUACCAUGCAGAGCUGAUGCCACUGUUACUAGGAUACCUGUCUCUUCUGAAUGAGGCCAGAAUUGGCCAUGUCACGAAGGCUUUCUAUGCCCUGGAGAACUUCCUAGAGAACCUGGAUAAUGACAUUCAGUCUUACCUGCCCACACUUAUGGAGACAAUGCUGUCAGCCCUGAACAACACGAUCAACCUUAAGCUUAAGGAGCUGGCUGUCAGUGCUAUCGGAGCAAUCGCUAAUGCUGCCAAAGAGAUGUUGGUGCCUUAUUUUCCUCCAGUAAUAGAGAGCUUGAAGGUUUUCCUGACAGAUAUGCGAGAUGAAAUGAGAUCACUGCAGAUCCAGGCUUUGGAUACACUGUCUGUGUUGGCCCGCACUGUUGGUAAAGAUGUGUUUGGUCCGUUGGCUUCAGAAUGUGUGCAGCUGGGUCUGAACCUGACUGAUGCUGUGGAUGAUCCAGACCUGCGCCGCUGCACGUAUAGCUUGUUCUCGGCUGUGUCCACAAUCAGUCCAGAAAGUAUUGAUCCUCAUCUUGCUGCUAUCACCACAUUGAUGCUCUUAUCCCUAAAAUCUACAGAGGGUGUGACGACUCAUCUAGAGGAGGACAAGCAGUUUGUUCUCUUGGAGGAGGAGGAGGAGGAUAGUGGUGGUGAUGCUGUAUUGGAGGAAAUUGGAGAGAAUGAGGUGGAUGAGGAUGUUGUUGGCUUCAGCGUGGAAAAUGCUUAUAUCGAUGAGAAGGAGGAUGCUUGUGAUGCCCUAGGGGAAAUUGCCUUUAACACUGGUGCUGAGUUUCAGCCCUUCCUGGAGUCAAGCUUUGAGCAGGUCUAUGGUCUCUGUGAUUUUCCACAUGAGAAUGUGAGGAGAUCAGCCUUUGGUGCGCUGGGCCAGUUCUGUCGAGCUCAGCAUAAAGUGUGGCAGGAAAAUCCUACUGAAGCUAAUCAUCAGGCAUUACAUAAACUGCUUGACGUAGUGAUGCCUUGCUUCCUGGAAGCAGUAAAGCAUGAGCGUGAGCGACAAGUAGUCAUGGGAGUUUUGGAGGCCAUGAACGGCGUCAUCAAAUCAUGCAAGUGGGAGGCAUUGCAGACACCACAUAGAUUGGCUGAGGUCAGCCAUGCCAUUCAAGAUGUUCUGAAGAAGAAGACUGUUUGUCAAGAUGGUGGAGGGGAUGAGGGAGAUGAUGAAGAACAGGCAGAGUAUGAUGCUAUGCUGCAGGAGUUUGCUGGGGAGGGAAUUCCUGUCCUGGCUUCAGCUGUACCAGCAGAAACCUUUUAUUCUCACCUCAAUGACCUACUGCCCCUCAUUAUGAACAAAGCUAAGUCUUCCUGCACUGUAGCAGACCGUUCCUUCUCUGUGGGCACACUUGGUGAGACACUGCACUCCCUGGUUGGUGUGUCUGGAGGAAGGGCUGUUGCAGGAAAGUUGUCCAAUCGGUUGCUGCCUCUGCUCGUGGGUGGUGUUAAAGACAGUGAUGCAGAGGUGCGCAAUAACAGUGUGUUUGGCUUGGGGGCUUUAGCACAGGCUGCUGGACCAAUUAUCUCCUCCGAUUACCCAAUGAUGCUGUCUCUCUUCUCUAACCUGCUGGUCAGAGAGUCUGACAGGAGAGUGAUUGAUAAUCUGUGUGCUGCACUUUGCCGGAUGAUCAUGAGCCAUACCGAGGGAGUGCCACUAGAGCAGGUGCUUCCUGCACUUGUGGAUCGUCUCCCUCUGAAGGAAGACCUUGAGGAGAAUAAGACUGUCUACAAUUGCCUGGCUUUUCUCUACUCCCAUAAUCCAGCACUGGUUGUUAGCUAUAUGAAGCCAAUCAUGUGUGUUACAGCACAAGUAAUGGGAACAAAGGAUAUUGAUGCAGACACCCAGAACACCCUUGUCAUGUUGCUCAGAGAUGUUGGCCAACAAUACUCCCAGGAAUUUGAGAGUGCUAUGAUGUCUCUUCCAGUUGAGCAAAGAACCAAGAUGACCACUUUUGUUGUUCAAUCCUAAUCAAAGCAAAGAGCCAAAUUUCAAGUGUGUGUUUUUUUUUUUGGGGGGGGUGUAAGCAGGCAUCAAUUAGUCACUUGUGCAUACUCAAGCAUUUCACUUCACUACUUUGUUUUGCAGUGUUAUUUUAUUUUUUUCGUCUUUGUAAAAAUGUCAUUUAUUUUAUUAACUUAUUGUGACCUUGUUUCAAUAUUCAUUUGAUCUGCUGCAUCCCUAAUAGACUCAUGAAAUUCUAUACUUUGAGUAUAUUUGGAAGUUUGCAUUCUCUUUGCAUUUCUCAUAUGCUGGUCAUUUUUCUCUAUCUGGCCACUCUGCGUAAUGAACAUCACUACUGCAACCCAAAAUGGUCAUAUAAAUAAAUUAUAUAUUUAUAGAACAAUUUAAAUGUAUAGUAAUGCUUGCUGAGAGAGAUCAGCAGUUUCACAAAGCAUGUUCAGAAGUUUAUAAGGUUGCAUUUUCCCAGUUUUAAGGAGAGCGUAUACUUUAAUCUUCAGUAAAAGCCACUGCUUCAGUUUUAUAUGCAUUGUCUUCUAAGCAAAGAAGAAAGCAGGUAGUUUUUCUUGGCGUUACUUGCUACUGUUAGAAACUCCUUUUAAAAUAUAUUCUGAAUAAAUUGUGUGUAUUGUUCCAUCUUUCCAUGCAGUUAUUAGUAGUUAACUGUAACUACUGUUUGGGGAAUAUUUGAGGAUUUUACAUUUGAGGAUUUAAUAAAAUCCCUGAAAUAA